UGAGUUGAGUAUAAGCAAGGGAAGUGAUUGGGGUAUAAGGAAGCAUUAGGAGAAGGAUGGGUUAAGGAAAGGAUGAGGUAUGAAGUCGACCAGUCCGUACAAUCCGUACUGGCCGUACUGGCCGUACAAGCCUUACCUUCCCGGGUCGACUUCAUCAUCAACCAAAACUUACCAUUCUUACCCAAGUUACUUUGGAGAGUUGCCAUGAGUGUUAAGCAGCCUUGUGACCGUUGAAAGGAAGAAAGGAGACGCGGAGAAGACAGGCUGGCAUAGCUGUAAAGUGAUCAGCAUCUUGGAAUAUGCUGAAAGUGUGUGAAGCAUUCCAUUGGCCAGUUCAAACCAUCCGCUCCCUUUAGCUUUGACUACACAUGCUUUACCUUAUCUCUUAAGCUGAAACCUUAGUCUUUCCUUUGCUAUAUAUUGUAACUCUUGGUGAUUAAUGAAGACAAUAUACGAGUUUAUGAGUCUCUCUCUCUAGUUCAUCAUGAUAAUCUCAUACACCCUCUCUUAAACACUCUAAUCUCUCUUGAAUCUCUCUUAGACUACUCAAUACCUUUCUUAUUCUCUAAAAUCAUAUGGUAUCAGAGCCAGGUUGGCUUUGGUAUUGAGAUCUUGUGUUCUUCAGCUUCAGAUAAAAGUUCUUUCUUGUGAGAUUCUAAACUAAGUUCAAGCAAAUCAAGAUGGGAGGAAACAAGGUUAUUACGGUUCCGAUUUCACUCAAGGGUGGGGGAAACUACCUGUUGUGGUCUAGGCUUGUGAAGACAGCCAUUGGGAGGCUAGGGUUAUGGGGUCACAUCACAGAUGAAGCUCCAGCACCAGUGGCCAGUGAGGAAGAAGGUGGAAGAGAGCUCGCGGUUGCUGAUGGAAAGAAGUGGAUUCAAGAUGACUUGAUGGUGCUCUCGGUGCUGCAAGGAUCACUUGAAGAACAUCUCUUGGAAGCCUACAGCUACUGCGAGACUCCAAAACACCUGUGGGAGGUACUCCAAAAGACUUUUGGGAACGUUACCAAUCUGAACCGUGUGUAUGAGAUCAAGAAAGCUAUCAACACACUGGUACAAGAUGGAGAGGAGUUCACCAAGCAUUUGGGCAAGUAUAGAUCCUUGUGGUCUGAGCUUGAAUCAUUGAGGCCAAGCACGGCUGAUCAAGAGCUACUCAUGGAGAGGAGGGAGCAGGAUCAGGUGUUUGGGUUGCUGUUGACAUUGGAUCCUCCGUUCAAUGAUGUGAUCAAGCACAUGCUGAGGAUGCCAAGUCUUCCAUCCAUGGAGGAAGUGUGUGCGCAGCUCCAGAAGGAGGAAGGGUCUCUUGGUCUCUUCGGAAGUAAGGGAGACUUAGCUCUGGCCAACAAGGCUGAGGAAGGAGCGCAAGCUAACCGUGCAGCAUACAAGACUGAUGAGAGGAAGUAUGGUGAUGAGAGGAGGUUUGGAGGCAACUGUGAUCACUGCAAGAAGCCGGGACACAAGAGGAGCCAGUGCUGGAUCCUUCAUCCCCAUCUCAAGCCGGCCAAGUUCAACAAGGACCGAGAAGCCAGAGCUAACCUGUCUACUGAAGCAAGUGAAGCCGGUCCAUCAGGAGCAGGCUCAAGUGCACAAGUGGGUGAAAGCGCAGGAAAGGCAAUGGCAACUCACUACACGGCCGCAAAGAGUUUGGAGCAUGAAGUGAUCCGCAAAUCUGACAUUGAUGCCCUCAUCAAAGCUCUUAAGGAGUCUGGAUAUUGAGAGCAAUAAGUUGAUCGGACAAGGAGUAACCAAGGGGGAUCUUUAUGUA